AUGUACGACUAUUACGAAUUGGACGAUCGUAAAAUGAAAGGUACCUUUCGUGACUGGCGAAAGGCUCUCCGCACUCCUGCCACAUAUAGAGUUGGUAAUGCUGUAAGGAUCCAACCACAAUUUGUGUUUCUUGUCGCACUAAUCGGCUUACUUUUACUAAUUUUAUUUUAUUAUAAUUGGUGGACAAGUAGUCAGACGCAUUCUACAUAUAGAUGGACAAGUAUUACGAGAACCUACAAUGCCACAUAUCCAUUUUCACCACCAUUGAAGUCGGGUGAUAUUAUAACGUAUAGAAUAGGAAUAGUUGCAGAUUUAGACACCAAUUCAAAGAGUAAUUCCAAGGCUAAUACAUUCAAUAGUUAUUUAAAAAAAGGUUUGUUAAGUUACGAUCCCAUAAAGCAAUAUGCAUCUGUGACAUGGGAUACCCAGCCAGCAAUUCUACUUUCUUCCACAUAUUCUCAUAAAGGAAGAGGCAUGGAACUCUCUGAACUGAUUGUAUUUGAUGGAAGAUUGUUAACAUUUGAUGAUCGCUCGGGCAUGGUGUUUGAGAUCUUUAACAAUAAAAUGGUGCCAUGGGUGAUAUUGCCUGAUGGAAAUGGUCAUGCAGAAAAAGGUUUCAAGUCAGAGUGGGCGACAAUAAAAGACGAGAUUCUGUAUGUUGGUUCAAUGGGCAAGGAAUGGACAACAGCAAGUGGAGAAUUCCAGAGCUAUGACCCAAUGUGGGUAAAAGCUAUUAAUAUACAUGGAGAGGUACAACACUUAAGUUGGGUUAAUCAAUACAAGGCUGUAAGGAAUUCUAUAGGCAUUCAAUGGCCAGGUUAUAUGAUCCACGAAUCUGGAGUCUGGUCUCCUGUUACAAAGAAGUGGCAUUUCUUGCCUAGGAGAUGCAGUCACGAGUCGUACAAUGAAACUAAGGAUGAAGUGAUGGGAUGCAAUUAUUUAAUAACUGCAGACAGUGAUUUUAAAAACAUUCAAGCUGUAGAGAUAACGAAACAUCAACCAAAGCAUGGCUUUUCUUCAUUCAAGUUCAUUCCCGGGUCGAAGGACGAGGCUAUAGUCGCUUUAAAAACCACAGAAUUUGAAGGGAAAACUGCAACCUACAUAACUGCAUUUAAAACUGAUGGAAAAGUGUUACUGCAAGAUAUGUUUAUAGAAAAUUUAAAAUAUGAAGGAUUAGAGUUUCUAUGA